GAUAAAUCUAGACUUAAAAGCGAAAACGAAAGUUGAAUACAAAAAUAAAUAAAUAAAUAAAUAAAGCUGUGUCCUAGCUUCUGACGUCUUUCCCUGUCCAAGUCGUAAGACUCAUCAUCAUCAUCACACCUCAAGCGAAAUUCUACCUGCUUUCUCCUCGCAAUUUCUCUUAAAAGGUAACCCCUUCGAACAAGUUUAUAAUCGAUCAUCUCUCUGAGUAAAACGAGAGAGAGAGAGAAGUAGAGGAUGCCAAUAAUCUCCAAAGCUUCUUCAUCUACCAACAACAACAACAGCAACUCAUCGCUUCCUUCCUCUUCUUCUAGGAUUGGAGGUCAGCUUUGUGUGUGGCCUGGUUUGGGACAUCUUUGCCUGAGAAAAAGCUUAUUAUACGGAGUUAUGUGGUUAUUCUCCAUGCCACUCAAAACACUUCGUGGAGCUAGAAAAACACUCAAGAUUACUCACUUUUGUAGCAUCUCCAACAUGCCUUCUUCUUUAAAAAUCGAACUGGUGCCGUGUAGUAAGGAGAACUAUGCUUAUAUUUUGCACGAUGAGGAUACUGGCACGGUUGGAGUCGUUGAUCCUUCUGAGGCUGCACCUGUUAUAGAGGCAUUGAGCAGGAAAAACUGGAACUUAACUUACAUAUUGAAUACUCAUCAUCAUGAUGAUCAUAUUGGUGGGAAUGCUGAGCUGAAAGCAAGGUAUGGCGCAAAGGUGAUUGGCUCAGCUGUGGAUAAGGAUCGGAUUCCUGGAAUUGACAUACUUCUCAAAGAGAGUGAUAAGUGGAUGUUUGCUGGCCAUGAGGUUCGUGUUAUUGACACUCCUGGCCACACACAAGGACAUAUUAGCUUCUACUUUCCCGGCUCAGCGACAAUAUUCACUGGAGACCUGAUACAUAGCUUAUCUUGUGGUACCCUCUCAGAAGGUACUCCCGAGCAGAUGCUUUCAUCAUUCCAAAAGAUUGUGUCGUUACCAGAUGAUACAAAUAUAUACUGCGGUCGCGAAAACACAGCAGGCAAUGUCAAGUUUGCACUAUCCAUAGAACCAAAGAAUGAAACUCUUCAGUCAUAUGCCACCAGAGUCGCUCAUCUUCGUAGCCAGGGACUCCCAUCGAUUCCAACAACUGUUAAAGUGGAGAAAGCGUGUAACCCGUUCCUCAGAACAUCAAGCAAAGAAAUCCGCAGAUCUUUAAGCAUUCCGGACUCAGCAAACGAAGUUGAAGCAUUGCGUCGUAUACACAGAGCUAGAGAUCGUUUCUAACAGAAUCUUGGGUUAACCUUUUUGUAUAGAUGGAAGUCAUCAUCAAUCAGCUGCAAAGAUUAAUAUUUACAUGUGUUUGAGCUUCUUAGUAAAUCAUUUCAAUGUGUUAUAUUUCGAAACCAAAAAAAAAAGAAUCAUCUUAAAUAUAUAGUUGUUCUCAGUUACUAAAUAUGAAAUUUAAAAUGUAAUAUAUGAUCUUUUGUGUUUUUGGUUUUUGCUUAUGUUACAAUACACUACGCUUUUAGAGUCCCUAUCCCUCUUCAAACGCUUACCAAAUGUGAAACUGUGGAAAUCAUUUGUUUGGUAGGUUGAUGGAUAUAGCUCACCAAACCAUACAUGUGACAGCUCAAGCGUGCGGCUAUAUUAAAAUUUUAAUUUACAUACUUUGUAAUCAGCAAAUAG